AUUCAGCAACGCCCCCUCCCUCGUCUCUUCCUCCGCACAAAUCAACAUGGCGACGAUGGGAAGAACCAGGAAGAGUAGCACUCUCUGUCUACUCGUCGUCUCACUCCAGCUUUUGCGACUCGGCGGCGUUUUGUCAGCUCCGAUGAAUAUCACCUCGGCUGAUGUCACCACAGAAAAAGCCACGGUAGGCGGAACAGUGAGUCCUCCCCAGAUCACAGUAAACCAAAGCAAGACUCGGAUGGACACAAAAGGAUUGACGAUCCAAGAAAAGGCCGAGCCAACGAAGAUUCCCGACAUAGCACCGGCCCAACCCAAGGCCCCCGAGCAAAACCCCAUCCAACCUGACGACGCUCAAGUCAAUCACCCAACGGCGAGUGAACCCAAAACCAACCAAAACGACAACUCUGCGGUGGUCAUCGAUUCCUCUGACGCGGAUGCUAAAAUAGCGCCUGACGAGACUAAAAUGAUCACGCCCCAGGUGGCAAAGACCACGGCAUCACCCACCGUGUCUAAAACGCCAGAAACUGCCUCCACCACAGCCAAAAAAAACCCAGAACCCAUUAAACCCACCGAAGAGGACACCACAGUCUCCGCCGUCAAACCCUCCGAGACGCAGACCGCGACCACCUUGCAGGAAUUUGAGUCGGACCUCCUGCAGCCCGCCGGCAAAGAAGCGACAGCUCACCUGGACCCGGAGGAAGACUACGAUGCCGAUGAAGAUGACGAUCCGGACGCCUACGCCGAUGGCUUGUAUCGUCUGGAUGCCAACGAGGAUGGCGGCAAGGGGCGGGACCAGACGGUGAUCCAGCUGGAGACGCCCGAUGUCAAGGAAGACGUCAGCGACAGGCUGCCCGGCAUCUACAACACCGAGGAUGAGGACUCGCAUUUCUUCUUCCACCUGGUCAUUCUGGCUUUCCUGGUGGCCCUCAUCUACAUCACCUACCACAACAAAAGGAAGAUCCUACUGCUGGCUCAGAGCCGCCGCUGGAAGGAGAGCCUGUGCUCGCGCAACACAGUCGAGUACCACCGGCUGGACCAGAAUGUCAACGAGGCCAUGCCGUCCCUCAAGAUGACACGCGAUUACAUCUUUUAAAGCCAUGGCACUCGGAACUCUUGUGCCCUCUUGCUCGAUUGGCCUCCACGCUUUUGUCGGGCCGCCAUGUUUGCCCCCCCCCCCCCCCUGCCUCUACAGAAAUUUUGUAAUUAUCUUCCUACCACAUUUUCUCUUUGUCGCAAAGUCGACAUUUAACAGGAGUGUUUAGUUUAAGCUCUUUAGGGUGAGUUUCCGCCUUAUCCGCUUUCAUUCUGGAUUUGUUCCAUUAGAGUGCAACAAAUGAAAUGACAUGCAGUGAUUACUUUGAAGCAGGCAUUAUUUUCCAACAUGUCCGUUCCUUUUUGCCCGCCCCCCCCUACUGGCCAGAUGCUGCCGUGCAGGACUCCUGGUUGGCCCUGUCUUUGUUUUAUGACUUCGGUGAAGUCCUUGUCGAUUACCCGCGCCAACUAAAUGCACUGUUGAGGCUACCCAAAAUGCGCCCAGAAGUUGAUUUGCAGCAAAUGUUAUAGCACAACUCUAUUUGGACAAACCUCGGGCCACAAGGAUGCUCAUUUAGAUUUACAAUUUCACAAUGCAAGUAAAAGAGUAUGAGUUACAAUUUCUCCUUUUCCUCAUUGCCGUUUAAUCCGUUUUUGUUAAACGCAUUUUAAAGCACACUACAGAAUCAACCUGUAAAAUCAAGUUAAAAACAUCAGUGUAAAACAACUCGACUAGAUUGGAUAAAAACGGUGAUCAUUUAAAAGUAGAUUUUAAUUUGCCAGGCAACCUCCAAUAAAACGCAGUUACUAUAUAUUGAAACACUGCGCUAUUAGGAAAAUAGGUAGUCAUGUACAUAUUAGUGAAACGAUGAAAGUCCACUAUUUUGAUUGUUUCAUUUUGACAAAUGUUUGUCAGGUUUUGUCCCCAAAAAGCAUACCAAGAUACCUUUCCAAAAUGGCUGCCUGUUGGGUACGCAAGCGCAGGUUGACUUGUUGGCAGAGCUACUUCUGUAUGACUUUUGGGGUAAUUAUGUUGUCCAACAAAAGCAUGUUGUUCCACAUUUUUCAUUUGAUUAAAAAUUGAAUUGUAUGUACUUUUUUUUUUGGACAUGUUGGUGUCGCUCCUACCAGUCACACCCCCUUUUUUUCGUUGCCUUUUGUGUCACUUUUUUUUUGUAAAUCAGACUUUCAUGAGCUAUUUGGUACUUUUUCUCUAUAUUGUAUAAAAUAAAAAGAUGCUCUUUAGUUCCUUUUUUUGCACUGUGAAAGAGAACUGCUCUCGCAAACAACGGUAGAUUCCAUUUAAUUUUUUUGUCAAUUAAAGCACAAAUGACGUCAAGAAUUUGAGCGCCCGUUUUUCAAUAAAGGACAGUUGGAGCUGA